AUGGGUUCUUCCAUACAUUUUGUCAAGAAACAGCAUACUGCACCGAGCUCAUCUUCUCAAAUCAAUCUAUUUCCUCGAGAAAAGAUUAGACAAAAUCUUAUUCAAACAAAGUCGAAUUUAUCUCUGCAAUUAAAUACGUCAUCCGCUAUAGACUCAUCGAUAGUUUCUGCUUAUGGAGAAACAGAAGGUACUACUGGAGAUUAUGACGAUGAUGAUUAUUCUUCCUGUGAUGAGAAAAAUGAGGAAUCUCUCAAGGAUUAUAAACCAGGUGGCUACCAUCCAGCUUUCAAAGGUGAGAAAUACAAAAAUGAUAGAUAUGUACUCGUGAGAAAACUUGGUUGGGGCCACUUCUCCACUGUUUGGUUGGCCAAGGACGCCUUAGAUAAUUCCCAUGUGGCAGUAAAAAUUGUCAGGAGUGAUAAAGUUUACACAGAAGCUGCAGUUGAUGAGAUCAAGCUAUUACAGAAAAUAUCAAGUUCUACUGCAGCUUGUAACGAGGGGUCAAAACAUGUCUUGACUCUGCUGGAUAAUUUUAUUAAGAAGGGACCGAAUGGGAAUCAUAUCGUUAUGGUUUUUGAGGUGCUUGGAGAAAAUUUAUUGGCACUAAUAAAAAAAUACGAGCACAGAGGAAUUCCGUUGAUGUAUGUGAAACAAAUUUCGAAACAGUUACUUUUAGGACUAGAUUAUAUGCAUAGAAUCUGUGGUGUCAUUCACACCGAUAUCAAACCAGAAAACGUUUUGAUGGAAAUAGGUGAUGUCGAAUCAAUAGUUAAAAUGGUUGAAUUAUUGGAUAAACAGAAAAAAGAAAUGAAAAAAUUGCAAAAUCAAACACAUUCAAAUGCUAGUUCUUCUUCGUCAUCUAGGAGGAUGUCGUCUAUGACAAUACAUAGGUCGAGGAGGAGUCACAGUAUAAUUACUGGGUCACAACCAUUACCAUCUCCUAUCAGCUCUACAAAUUUUUUUGAUAUAAAAUCACAGUUCAAUUCUAUGAUAUCAUCAAAUGGUAAUAUAUCUUCAGCCGGUAAUAUAUCAACUUCAAGUAGUAAUCACAACUUAACCAGUGCAGAAACACAACUGGCAAAUUCAUUGUCAUCGUUUGAGUUAUCAGAAUCAGAGCAACAACCACAACAAGAGGAUGACAGUUCAAGUAGUAUAAUUCAAAUCAAGAUCGCUGAUCUUGGAAAUUCCUGUUGGUACGAUGAACAUUUUACAAAUUCUAUCCAAACAAGGGAGUAUAGGUCUCCAGAAGUUCUUAUAGGAGCUGCAUGGGGGGCAAGUACAGAUAUAUGGUCUGCUGCUUGUAUGAUCUUUGAAUUAAUAACGGGUGAUUUUCUUUUUGAACCUUGCGAAGGGCAUUCAUAUUCGAAGGAUGAAGAUCAUAUUGCACAGAUAAUGGAAUUACUUGGAGAAUUUCCACCAUAUCUUUUACAAAACAGCAAAUACGCUAGAAGAUUUUUCAAUUCUAAGGGUCAGUUAAGAAAUAUUUCGAAAUUGAAAUUUUGGCCAUUAAAGGAUGUACUUAUGGAAAAGUAUAAAUUUAAUUCUACUGAAGCACAAGAAAUAUCCGAUUUCUUAUUGCCUAUGUUGCAGAUCGAUCCGAAGAAAAGGGCUGAUGCCGGUGGCUUAGUUAACCAUCCGUGGCUAAAUGAUACACUCGGAAUGGAAAAUAUACGUGUGCUGGAUAGACCAUUGGGCGGAGAUGGUUCAGAUAUUCCUGGGUGGUGCCAAGAGGUGAAAGAUCACAAAAAGCAUUGA